AUGAUGGCAACUCCCUCUGGGGCUUAUUUGCCCACCCGAACAUCACCUAUUCUUGAGCCAAUCCCCCAUUACCCCAGCAAUGUCAUCCCAGAAGAGCGGGUCACAUUACGCAUGGGUAUCAUCUUAUCCAAUGGUGUUCGUGUAGACCACCAAUUCACAUUCCCCGCCAUGAACAUCGCCAACUGCAUCAUCCACGGCGAAGGGGAAAUGUACUCGGUAGAAAUAACCCACCGAUGCACCUGCCGACGUCUAUUGCAUGAGGAGCUCGUGCGGAUGCUUCCCGGAUUCUUGCGCGAAAAUGACGUGUACUGGUUCCGUACCAGGAACCCAGAGACAAAUAUCCAACAUACCUGCUUAUUCGACGGCGCGGAGCUCGAAAUGCAGCUCGUGACCUCGCACGUCCCCGAAUGUGGCUUUUGCUUUGCGCGUCGAGCGUUUAUUGCCGAGCGGGAUGCCUUUGACCGGCAACAGGGCCAGAUGCCUCGGGGAUCGGCAUCGUCGACUUCCCCGCGCGACCAGAGUCUGAGCUCUGGGUGGACGUUCCGUGAGCCGUCGGAUACGGAACGAUUACGGGUGAAUCGUCAUGGAUGGGAGAUUAUGUUUGUUCUUCAUCCUGAUGCGAGGGAGGGCGCGGUGACUAUCUCGAGGUUGAGGAUGGAACUGUGUCGGUUGUUGUCCAUUGCUAACCCGGGGCGGGUCAUCUUGACGAGUGGGCCGUUUACCUGGGGAGGAGAUUUCCAGGAAGAUGGUAAGGAUUACUACAGUACGUAUUUCGUAAAUGAUUUGAUUGUCGAGUCGCGGAGUAUGAAGACGCCGAGGGGGAGCGCUCUCAUGUACGUGCUCGAGGCAGAUCCAAUGGGACGACCAUUAUAG